GCUGUGUGUAGCUUUGAGAGACGCUACUUUGUUUUUGGAGCUACUUUUUUUUGUCUUUAUUUUUUUAUUGACCUUUCAACCUUUGAAGGUCGCAUCCUGGCUGAAAAACAUCUGGCCGACGAGAGGAAAAAGAUGGAAGAGGCCACGGCUGCCCUGCCGAUGGCUUUAGCUACAGCUACAAGAGUGGAGUCCAACUAUUUGCCCCGUGCUGGAGACUGAGUGCAAGAAGCUCAGGAUGGACAUAAAACUCAAGGAGGAGAAUAUUCAGGAUCUGGAGGGCAAGUGUCAGGAGUUGCCCAAGUACAAGAACAACGAGAAAGACACAGAGGUGCUGAUGUUGGCGCUGUCCGCCAUGAAGGAGAAGACUCUGCACCUGGAGAACAGCCUGAGUGCGGAGACCAGGAUCAAGCUCGAUCUGUUGUCUGCACCGGGAGAUGCCAAGAGACAGAUGGAGACAGCGCAAGGCCAGAUUCACCAGAGGGACCAAGAGAUGGCAUAGCUCAAGCGAAAAGUUUUUGACAGCUGUAAAGUUUUGCUCUGCGGUGUUCCAGUUUUUGCUGCUACUAACAUUGUCCAGUCUUGCAAAAUCGGGGUUGGUCAGUUGUGGGUGAAUUAUUUGUGUGUAAAUAUGGACAUUUUUCAAUGUAACCCAGACAUAGAGUGUUUGAAUGACCAAUUAUGUUCAUUGUUGUUGGUGGUUGGUGGGCGUGUUACGUUCCACGUAGUGGUGGUUUGUUUUUGUGUUUUUUCUUCUUUUGUUUGAACAGGUCACACUCAAUCAUGACCUCUGCUGCCAAUCAACCGGUUCCUGUUCCCAGCUGCUACUCAUUUCACCUGUUGAUCAGCCAGCCAAUCCCGGUCCACCAUUAGUCCUCCUGACCUGCUUAAAACCACCUGCUCACCACUGGAUGGGGGGAUUCUUUUUCGGACAUGCUGUGUGGAGCUUUGAGAGACGCUACUUUGUUUUUGGCGCUACUUUUUUUUUUUUGUCUUUAUUUUUUUUUUACCUUUCAACCUUUUUAAGUAUCUGCAGUCUAGUCUUGGGAAAGGUUAGAGGCCUCUAUACACUACACACGUAGGAUUUGUUUGUGUAUAAAGACACCAGGCUUAGAGGUGGCUGUCACCCUUGUAUGUUUUGGAUCCUAUCUUUGGCUACAGGAAUUAGGUAGGUUUCUGGUUUAUGCUAAUUAAAUAGCUUUAGUUAGUCAGCUUACGGUUCUUUUUUAAAAUUGUAUUUUGUUAUGUUUUGUUCAUUUCUUUGACAGCACCU